AGAGAGAGAGAGAGAGAGAGAUCAUCUGUGCUUUGCUAUGGCAAAUCUAACUUCGCUUCUUAUCUCAAUCGGUUCACAUUAGCAGAAUAUUGCAAUCAUUCGUCGUAUCAUAUGCUGAAUCACCUCCAAAACCCUAGCAAUAUUUUCUUCGUCACCAUGAAAAUCUGUGUUUCUCACUCCUCUGAUCGGUUUCUUUGAGGGCUUUUCAAUUCCUCAUAAAAAAAAUGGAGACAAUAUGUCAGCAAUGCGGUGACAAAGGAGUUGAGGAUGCUCUUGUUUACUGUGUCAAGUGUCUGAAUUUUGCAGUGCACCGCUACUGUUUGCCUACACUGCCAGAAACGUUUGAUGAGUUUGUCCAUUGGUUUUGUGAGGAUUGUGAACCAGAGUCUGUAAAACAAUCUCCUCUUGAGAAACCUUGCUCUACCCCAUUUGUUGAAAGGAAUCAUGUAAUGUCUGAAGGUGUUCAAGUGACCUACUCUAGAAAGAAUUUAAAGCAAAAUGAUGUUGCUUGCCGUGUGGCCGAGACAGAAGAGCAUCUACAUCCAAGUAGCCCCUCACAACAGCCUUGUGAUGCAAAAACAAAGCUUGAUUUGAUUGAGCACACUCAGUUGGCUCAUGAUUCUUCUUCACUGAAAACAAAAUUGAAGGUCACGACAGAAAAGGAAAGUACUUGCCCAGUCACUUUAACAGAGGAGAAUAGACAUCAAAAUAGCCCCUCCCAGCAACCUCCCGAGCUGAAUAGCAAGCUUGCCUUGACUGACAGUGCUCAGUUGGUCAGUGAUUAUUCUCUUCCAAAAAAAAAAUUGAGGAGGAUUAAAAAAGGUUUUACUCGCACGGUGGCUGAGGCAGAGGACCAAAGACAACAAAGUAGCUCCACCCAGCAGCAUUCUGGGACACAGACAAAGCCUGACCUGACUAACCAUGCUCAGUUGGCCCAAAAAUUGAGGAGGAUUAAAAAAGGUUUUACUCGCACGGUGGCUGAGGCAGAGGACCAAAGACAACAAAGUAGCCCCUCCCAGAAGCGUUCUGGGACACAGACUAAUCUUGACUCGACUGAGCAUGCUCAGUUGGCAGGUGAUUGUUCUGCCCUAAAAAUUAAAUUGAGGAGGAAAAAAAAGGAUGUUACGACUUCAGUAGCUGAGCCAGAGGAACAAAACUGUCAAAAUAGCCCCUCUCAGGAACCUUUUGAGGCACAUUUAGAGCAUGCUUUGUGUGUGGGCAGCCCUCCCCUGAAUGAGAGUAGGACUAUUAGCUCAUCUAGUGAGAAACUUGGAAAUGAUCUGAAACUUGGAAAACGAAGAAGAUUGAUUUUAGAGGGCAGUGAACUCGGUGAAGAGGCUGAGUCAGUUAGAAUUGCUGAUUCUCAAUUAGUUGUUGCUGAUUCUCAACUAGGCGUUGCUGAUUCUCAAUUAGUCGUUGCGGAUUCUCAACUAGGCGUUGCUGAUUCUCAAUUAGGUGUUGCUGAUUCUCAACUAGUCGUUGCUGAUUUGUCAAAUGAUUUAGAACUCAGUGACUAUCUCCUUGCACAACCGAUCAUUGAUCCUAUUUGGAGGGGAAAUUUUAGUAUUUACAACAAAGAUUAUGGUUUAUUGGAUGGAGUUGUAGCCCAUUUGUCAAGCAAAGCGUGCCCAAAAGUGUGUGAAGAGGCUAGUCUGUUACCAGCAUUGCUUCGUUCAGAGAUCCUUCCAAAGACUGAUGUCUGGCCAAAGAGUUUCCAGAAAUCAGAACCAUGUGAUGACCAUAUUGGCCUAUAUUUCUUCUCUGAAGACAAAAGGUAUGAAAGCUUGGUGGAUGACAUGAUGCACCAAGAACUUGCCUUGAGAGCCGUUGUCAGAAAUGCAGAGCUCUUGGUUUUCCCUUCUACUGAAUUGCCACUACUGUACUGGAAAUUCCUUGGCAAAUAUUAUUUGUGGGGAGUGUUUCGGCCAAAGAAAGCAUCCUCACCUGAUGCAGCAAAUCACGAUCUUGUGGUUGUAAAUAGCAACAUCGAAUGUGCUUCAUAUUCAAAAUCUGCAAAUGGUAUGGAUACUGAAGAGGAAAGAAACCUCACAAAGACCAAGAAUUGGAAUGCACGGAGUCCUCUAAGUCCUUUAAGCAACUGUAGCAGUUCAGGGUGAACUAUGAACAAGAUGUGGAACUGGAAUCUGGAGAUUGAUAAUACAUCUGAAGUUCUGAGGUCGAUAAAAUAGGAUGUGCUAUUAGCUUUCCCGUGUAAACCCUCCUAUGGAGCAAUGUUAACCUGGAUACUGAUGAUAUUGCACUUGGAACAGAAUCAUGGGUAAGUUGGCCCAUUUCUUUCUUUCUUUAAAAAAAUAAAAAAAAAGGAUUGCAGCUUAAUGCCAGCCUGAUCGAAACUUGGAUGCGUGUUAUCCACCUCUCUGUUUUUUGGUGUAGGAGACGGGGGGUGGAGGAUGAGGGCUGGAUGGUGGGGUUGAUUUGUAAAUUAUGUACUUCAGAAGGCGUUGUUAACUAGUUAUGAUGUAGAUAUUUGUUCAUGUCAUGUUGGUGUUGUGAUGGUGGGGUUCAUUUAGUUAUGUUCUUUGAUUGGACUAUCUUCUCUGUUGUUAGGUGUAGUAUCUCUAAGCUAGCUUUGUUAUUUGUUGUUCAGAAAAGUUGCUAACCUAGCAAAAGUCUCGUUUCGUAUAGUUGUGAAAAAGUGAUUAUAGAUUAUAAAUUAACAGAUUAUGACUUAUAAUUG